AAAACUGGCUAAUUGGCUAUAGGAAGAUGGAAGUUGGAGGAGACGAUUACGAUUAUGGAGCCUUCAUUCAGCGAAUAGAGCUGCGACCAACACCUCGUGCUCCCGAAGAGCCUUCACUCCCCCUGCAGGGACUCACUUUUGCAGUCAAAGAUAUGUAUGCUCUUCUUCUCUUCUUCCUCCUAUCUCUCGCCACUCUUUUCUUAUGUCUCUCCUUUCUUUAGUUGUUUUCUCUCUCACGAUAUCUUUUCUUUGUUUAUGGUUCCUACUACAUUUUAAGCAUAACACAAUGUCCUAUUAAUCUCAAGCAAUGUUCUAUUUAUCGAUUCUUCUGCAGUUUUUAUCUUAUGCUCGUAGUUUCAGAAGGUGACCUCUAGAUUUACACAAUUUUGGUUCGACUGCAAAUCAAAUUGGGUGAAGUAAACAUAUUAGGCCUUGUUUGGUGUAGUUGCCAUUUUUGCAGUCUCUUCAAACACAAAUUAUAUAUUAUUGGAUAUGCUGGUGACAGCAACGAUACCAGACAAGAACACCAUGAUGAAAGAUCCGCCAUCUAUUCAUGUGGCUGAUUAAAUUGUUUUCACUCGAAAUAUCUCUAAAGUCGUAGCCAAGGCCGGGGGACAAAAUUUCUCAAUUGUUAUGAUCGUAGGCAGAACCGGUAUUCCUUUACUAAUUAGAUUUACAGCCGAACUGUGGUUACAUCAAUCCAAAAGCCCCCUCUGCAGAAUUUCGACUUUGUUUGCAGAUUUGAUAUCAACGGCUAUGUCACUGGGUUCGGCAAUCCUGAUUGGGCGAGGACGCAUGCAGCAGCUACUUCGACAUCUCCUGUUGUUCUUGCAAUUCUGGCAGCGGGUGCUAUUUGUGUUGGUAAAACUAUCAUGGAUGAAAUGGCCUACAGCUUUUAUGCACAGUAUAAAUGGGGAAAAUAAGCAUUAUGGCACGCCCACUAAUCCGUGUGCCCCUGAUCGAGUUCCUGGAGGAUCAUCCAGUGGAUCUGCUGUGGCAGUCGCGGCGAAGCUCGUUGACUUCUCUCUAGGUACUGACACUGGUGGAAGUGUUCGGGUACCUGCUGCAUAUUGUGGCAUUUUUGGGUUUCGGCCUUCACAUGGCAUUAUUUCUACUAUGAAUGUCAUUCCGAUGGCUCAAAUCUUUGAUACUGUUGGAUGGUUUGCUAGAGAUCUCACUACUUUAACUCAAGUAGGCAGAGUUCUGUUGCCAUUGCCUAUUGAAGCUACCAAGAAAGCUAGUCGCAUUGUAAUUCCUACGGAUGGCUUUGAACUUUUAUGUUCUUCAAGUGACAAAACUUAUCAUAUCCUUAAUGCAUCAGUUGAAAAGAUAUUUGGAUGUGAUAUAAUAGACAAUGAGAACCUUGGUGAGUACAUCUCUAAGAAUGUUCCGAGCAUAGGAAAUUUUAUCAGUAGUGUCCUUGAAAAUCAGGCAUGUAAAAUACCAGCCUUGGCAGCUCUUUCACAUUCAAUGCGGUUGCUUCAAAGGUUUGAGUUUAAAGCUAAUCAUGGAGAAUGGAUUUAUGCUGUGAGACCUAACUUAGGUCCUGGAAUCCAGGAACGAGUAUCAGAAGUUCUAACGACAAAAUAUGAAAACAUGGAGUGCUGCUAUGGAAUAAGAGCAGAACUUCAGGCUUGCCUGACUGGUCUUCUCGGGGAUUCUGGCGUCUUGGCAAUCCCCACAGUUCCUGGUCCUCCGCCAAAACUCUCCAUGGAGGCAGCUGCGCUAGAAGACUUCCGUGCUCGGGCAUUUUGCUUGCUUUCUAUUGCUGGCAUGUCCGGAUUCUGCCAGAUUAGUAUUCCACUUGGAAUGCACAAUAACCUUCCAGUGUCAGUUUCGCUGCUAGCAAAGCAGGGUGCGGACCAUUUUCUUCUUAGUAUUGCAACUGAGCUUUACGCCGCCCUAAAAGAACAGGCGAGCAUGGUGUGGGAAUCCGACAAUUCAACUGCUUAAAAACGUGCUCUGUUGCAGACUGUAAUAUUCGUAACAUCAUUUGUGUUCGCUGAAUACGCGUCAAAGGACUAAGAGGGAUACUGGAUUUUAGUUGGUGGAGAAGGCAAAACUGGCUUACAAGCUUUGUACCGAAAAAUGUUACUUCCCUAAGUAUGCCUUCCUUGUAUCAAUUGAAUAUGUACAGUAGUUUCUUCAUUCAUGUUUGCUGAUAUUUAGCCACCUCUUGUACUUUGUAAUAUUAUGAUGUGAAACUUCGUAGGUAUGCUGAGGGUGCAGCAACCAAACACCUGUAAUUUUAUGUGUACCAAAAAUUUUACUUAUUUAAGUAAAAAUAAUCUCUAUUACGGUUAUUAUUG